CACGACCAAACUGGAAGCAGCCAUGUCGCAUCAAGUCCGGCCGUUCAAGGUCUCGGUCCCCGACGAGGCCAUCGACGCCGUCAGGUCCAAGCUUAGGGAAGCAUCCUUCCCGGAUGAAGUCGACUUCUCCGACGACUGGGAGUACGGCGCCUCGCUGCGCGACGUGAAGCGGCUGGCAAGGCACUGGGCCGAGGGCUUCGAUUGGCGCGCGCAAGAGGCCAAGCUCAACACGCUGCCGCAUUUCAAGACGGACAUUUUCGUCGACGGCUUCGGCGCGCUCGACAUUCACUUUGUGCAUCAGACGAGCAGCAAGCCGGGGAGCAUCCCGCUGUUGUUCUGCCACGGCUGGCCCGGCAGCUUCAUCGAGGUGACCAAGGUGCUGCGGCUGCUCACCGAGCCCGAGGACGGGCCGUCGUUUCACGUCGUGGCGCCCUCACUGCCCAACUUUGGCUUCUCCCAGGCGCCGUCCAAGCGUGGCUUCGGCAUCGCGCAGUAUGCCGAAUGUGCGCACAGGCUGAUGCUACGGCUAGGCUACGACAAGUACGUCACGCAGGGCGGCGACUGGGGCUACUUCAUCACGCGCAUGAUGGGCGUCCUCUACCCGGACCACUGCCUCGCAUCGCACAUCAACUUUCUAUGCGUGAAGCCGACGGUGCCCCGCGGCUUCUGGCUCGGCCUGCAGCACGCGGUGCUUCGAUGGUGGUCGCCGGCGCAAAAAGCCGGCAUCGAGCGCACGAGGUGGUACCUCCGCGAAGGCUCGGGCUACAUGGUGCUGCAGAGCACGAAGCCGUCGACGAUAGGUCUCGCGCUCGCCGACUCGCCCGUCGCGCUGCUAGCCUGGUUGUGGGAGAAGUUGCACGACUGGACGGACGCGUACCCCUGGACCGACGACGAGAUCCUCACCUGGGUGUCGCUGUACCAGUUCUCGACGGCAGGGCCCGCCGCCAGCGUGCGCAUCUACUACGAGGCGACGCAUUCGCAGCGGGAAGCCACGCGCAAGUGCAUUGAAUACGUGCCGCACGUGCCGCUGGGCAUCUCGUACUUUCCGCGGGACCUCUUUGCGCUGCCCAAGACGUGGGGGUGGUCGUCGGGGCCUGUCGUCUUUGAGGCGGUGCAUGAGCGUGGCGGCCACUUUGCGUCGUACGAGUGUCCGGAGCAGCUCACCGAGGAUCUGAGGUCCAUGUUUGGCUCAAAGGGAGGGGCGAAUGCGGUGACGAGGAGGUUUGAGGCCAUCAAGGAGGAUGGCGAGUAACUUGGUG